AUGUCUGGCGGUGACGAGCAGGGUUUUGAUGUCCGGUAUCGCGAACCGCCUCCGUUUGGGCGACAAUCGUCGGCUCCGGUAUUUGGCCAGUCUGGCAAUGGUCACACUACCACUUCUUUAGGCGACUCGCCGACCGUCUCUUUCUCCCCCCAGGCACAAGCAUCGACCACGUAUUCUCCACUACCGUCGGGCUUCGUUCGACCCCACAGUCUCUCCACUUCCACAAAUCAUCUGUCGGGCGAUCAAUUGGAAGAUCGUAGAGGCCGGGAGUCUCCAGACCCUGCUGACUAUUAUCGCCAGCGUGGAUCCCUGCCAGGGACUUCAUCCAAUGUAAGAGAGGGGUUCGGCGAUGUAAGAACGGGCAUGGCUGCGGCCGACUAUUCUUCAGUCGGCGACAAAGCGUCACCCCUGCCAACUAACACGUUGGAGUCGUCGCGCGCUAGACAUCAACCAUAUUGUACAACUUCAGAUUCUCCAACAUUGGGAGCUCCCUCGGCCAACAUACCCCCGUUGCACGCGAAUGCAAGGGCACGACAGCCGUCGUUCAAAGAUCUUGUCAACAAGUUCAACAAAACCUCUGAUCAGGUUCUCCCUUUGCCGUCUGUUUCUCGUUCAACGUCACGAGCACCGAGCCCUUCCGGAAGUGUUGAUGGAGAGCGAAAUCAAGUGUUGCCACGAACUCGUCAGCAUCGUGAUUCCUUGCCAGAGUCGAUCAAUAGCAACCCUCCAGCGUCAGUUGUUUCGAAUCCAUCGUCGCCAGAGACAGAUAGAUUCGCUCCGCCCCUAGACACGAAGAGUGCUAUUCCACCGCCUCUGUUUCAACGGAUCACAGAGUCGCAUCCUCGCCGGCAAUUGUUUGGUGAACUGUUGCCGAUCAACACACAAUUAAACAACGGGGUCAUAUCGCGUCUACAACAACGCCGCGGGUCGGAUGGAAGUAUUCCAAGCCCAAACCCAACCUUCCUUGAGCAUCGUGAUCAACAUCCUGCAAAAACACCACUCACACCUACUUCAUGGUAUCUUGGACACACACCUUCCUUGGAAGCAGUCCACGUCGGGAUACACAAUACCGCCAAACAUCGCCGUGUUCGCAGCGACUUGGAGAAAAAAAGAGAGCCCCUUGCAGAACCGUGGAAUCCUAAAAUGGCCGUACCUGCGCCCUUGCUGCGGACCAAGCCCGAUCAUGGAUCGCCCCCGGGCAGUCCAAAUUCCAAGUCUCGCAUUCCUGUCUCCUCGCACCGUCUCGCCACUGCUUCCGGUCCCGAAAGCUUAUCACCAUCCUCCAAUCCAACCUUCAGGAGCCGAUCCGCUGCCAUCACCUCGCCGCCCAAGGGCAGUAGCCGCCUUCCUAUUCCGUCACCUAAACAAAGUCCUCCCCGCAUGCCGGCAGAUGAUCCAGCUUCGGUCGCAACAACCUCGCGUGGUAGUAGGGAUCUCACAAUUGGCAGAACCCGCAAUCAGCUAUCCGAAUCCAGUCGCCGACUUCAGGCCUACAUCGCUGAGCCGCCAUCCAAAAAGUCGCCUCCGUUACGCAGUUCACGACCCCGGCAACCCGUCUCACAUGGUGCUGCGGUCUCUCCACGCUCCAAAAUCGGAGAUAGAGUUUUGAAUUUACAAAAACACGUCACUCACAGCGACUCGCGUUCCCGUUCUGAACGAAAAUUACCUGAAUUGGGUAAGGUUGAUUUUGACGCUCGUCGCCGGCACAUUCAACAGGCAAUCAACCGACACUCGGUUGUUCAAGAGAAUAAGAAUGACAGAGGACCGGACAAAUUGGCUGCCGCAAAGCUUCGACGUCACGCUUUUGUGCUCGAGCAAAAGACGCAUCGAGAUUUCAAGCAGUUGAUGGAUGAACCUGCAAUUACCCCUAACCUGCCUGUGACCAACGCUCCGUCAUCUGAUGAGAUGGCUACUAUGGUCAAUGAGUCGGUCGGCUCGGUCAAUUAUAAGGAGAAUAGGGUUCAAGCGGUUCCCAGGCUGCACCUCAACACUACCCUCCCGGCUUCCGAUAUGGCAGCGCCCCACACAACAAUGGACUCUCCCACUCUCGGCCUCCCACAGGAUGUAAAAACAACGGCCUCAGUUGAGGGGCAGUCUGCUAAUGAAGACGCGACACACUCCGGUGCCACAUCAGACUCUGGCGGUACCCAUGUCACUAUUUUUGACCCGGAGCCGCAGUCCGCGCUAUUGCAGCGCGAUCCCAGCGCUUCUCAUCGAACAAUUCUUGAACAAAUAAUGCAGAUCCGUGGAUCCAGCCCGAGCGACGACUCAUGCGAUGAACCUGAUUGCAGUCUUUCGGACAACGAUGACAGAGAGUCCAUCCAGAUCAUGCUUGGAGAUACAGCCUACUAUAAUUCGUCUAGUAGCACGAAUACUCAGGAGCCUGAGCGUACACCAAUGCACCAGGUUCAAAAUGAAACUCACCUUCACAACCGAUGGAGCCUGAGGUCAUGGUCAUCUGGGCAAAACCAACAUUCCAUCUGUGACGAGCAGUGUGAUGAGAGUGGGGAUGAUUCUCUGCUACGAGACCAUGAAACGGAACCACCCACCGAAAAUUGUUCAGUUGUCUCAACAAGACCAGCUUCAAUAGCGGACGACGAAUCACCUGCACCAAUUCAGGACCAUGGCGUAAUGGGACCUAAUACACUGCAGAGCUCUGAGAUGUUUCGAUCCAAUGCCUUUUCUACUCCACCAAGCUUAGCUAGAUUAGGCAGAUGGGAUUCAAAGCGUGUCACUCAGCUCUAUCUGGAGGAGCUGACGCGAGGCAGGAGCCAUCACCAUGGCUCAUCAAUUCAUCCCUCGUCCGAGCCUCAAUAUCAUCCCUCGGAAACACGUACAGAUGGACGACCCGAUAGUCUGACCGACGACCCAGUCGUUGUGCCAAGAUUCAAGGAUUUCUAUGCAUCAGACCGACUCUCACACACGGCUAGUUUGGUUGGACGUGAUGAUUGGGAACAUGCAUCUCCUUCCAUCAUGGACUGGAUGCAGAUCGCAGCUGAAGAUGAUGAUUUGACCCCCAACACUGAAAUCGAUGGCGUGCGUACUGCGGGGGUGCUCACACCCCGUCUGGUGCUUUCGACAUUCCACGAUGCUGACGCAUCAAGUACGAACAGUGGCCUUGGAGUCUCCGUUGAUGUUCAGGCUUUCAACGAGCAACUUCAGCCUCAUGUGUUUCCUUCGUCGGCAUUCAUCCCGCCCUCAAUAACCCACCCAAUCGGCAAUGGACCUCUUGGCGGUCAGCUAUGGGGCUACGGCGGACUCUGUAGCAGCAAACAGGCUGCUCCUAGAGCUGCGAAACACAGCCCAGGCAGCAGUCAGGACUCUUCUUUCCAAAAUUUGGAGUCCAUUCAAUCUACUGUGGCCGCUGACUCUUCCGCUACUUCGCUUGUUCCGUCCACCGAGCAGACUAAUCGGGUUGAGCAAAAGGGUUCGCCUUCUCCGGAACAACGACGUCUCAAGAAGCGGCGUCACAUCAUCAAAGAACUUGUUGAUACAGAACACACCUUUGGUCAUGAUAUGAUAAUCAUUGAGGACAUCUACAAGAGGACCUCGCUCACGGUACUGGAGCCCGAUGAUGUCAAGGUUCUCUUUGGCAAUUCCGAUCAAGUCGCGGCCUUCUCUGAUAAGUUCUUGUAUGAUCUCAAGCAAGCAGCUCAAAGCAUCUACAUUAUACCAAAGGCUCUGCGAUGGACCAGCAAGCGAAAGCGUAAUAAUCAUGCUACAGAGUCAAAAACUCCAGAAUUAGAUGAAGGAACUGAGCUUGCAGCCAUUUCGGAACUUGAAAAAGAUGGCGAAACCUCUGUUGGGCAAGUUUUUGUCAAUCACAUGACGCAUAUGGAAAAGGUCUACACCGACUACUUGAAAAACCAUGAUGCCGCAAACAAGAGACUUCAAGUCGUGCAGCGUAAUUCAAAAGUGGGCUUUUGGCUGAGCGAAUGUCAAAAGGGUGCUCUGGAUCUCACGACCGCCUGGGAUCUGGACUCUUUGCUCGUUAAACCGGUGCAAAGAAUCUUGAAGUAUCCCCUUAUUCUCCGCGACCUGUUGGAGUGCACGCCAAACGACCACCCGGACCGAGCGGCAAUUGCCAAUGCCCUGGAAGAAGUCACAAACGUUUCUCAUCGUAUCAACGAACUGAAGAAACGGGUAGACCUUGUUGGUCAAGCUGUCGGUCGAAAGCGCAACCAGUCCGAUGUGCGUACUGGUCUUUCUAAGGCCUUUGGUCGCCGCACGGAGAAGUUUAGACAGCAAGUUGGCCUCUCGGACUUAUUUGAAGACAAAACCUACGAUUUGCUAGCGCAGAAACUCAGCGACGGCUAUUUUCAGUUGCAGGUUGUUAUGCGUGACGCUGAGAGUUACUCCCGGGAUGUGCAACUCUACUUGAAUCAGUUCAACGAGUAUGCCGACUCGAUCGAAGAUAUAAUUGGCAUGUCGCCUUCUCCGUAUCCCCAGUUGGAGAGCAAGUGGUAUCGGUUCAAGAUGACAGUUCAGGACCUUGUUUCGACUGACCUGCCAGAACAUCUCACUGUCGUCCGCAAAACGGUUAUCGAUCCGAUGGUUGAAUUACUAGGACUUUACAAUGCACCACAGCGAGUUAUGCGAAAGCGCGACAAGCGACUCCCAGAAUAUGCACGCUACAAGGCCAUCAAAGACCGCGGCGACAAACCUGAUAAGAAGACCAUCGAGCAAGGCGAGCAGUUCCUGGCUUUGAACGACACUUUGAAGGAUGAAUUACCUAAACUCUAUGCGUUGACUUCUAAACUGAUGGCAGCUUGUCUGAAGAACUUUAUUGGGAUUCAAACUGCUUGGUAUGGUGUUUUGCAGAAAAAGAUUGGCGCUCACGUGGAACUGUUCCCCAAUGAUCUCGACAGGCUCAUCAGCGACUUCAAUAGUGACCACGCUUUGAUGGAGGCACGAAUGGGGGAGCUAAGCUCAUGCAAUGGAGCGAUGAUGACUCAUUCGCUCAAUUUGGUCUCUCUUUCACCCAGUGAACAGCAAAACCCCAUCUCGCCUCGCCGUCCAUCUACUGUGAACAGCUCAAAUGCGCGACCUGGUUCCUUGAGCGAAGGUUCACCCAAAGUUUCCCGGGAUUUCAGCGUCGGCAGCCAUUCGUUCCAGUCUCCUCAGAUGGAAAGUCACUCCAGCCGCAGUAGCUGUUACCGGGCUGAUUCCAUUCUAUCUGGCCGAAUGGUCUCAGAAACUCCCAGUCAACUUCUACAACAAGUCACCAGCUCUCCCACCCCUGCAAGGACGAGCGACGUUGAGUCUUUCCCAAGUCUGCCGAGACUCAGCCUGGAUACACCUUUCCUCGAGGAUGUGAUAAACAGCUCCUCGCACUCGAGCAGUUUGCUGGCCUUUCCGACGGAUCGAUACUCGGGAUUUUUCUCGUCCGCCAUGCCCAUGUCGGAUGUCCCAAGCGAUACUGUUGUGAGUGGGCAUUUUGAACGCAGUCGCCCUCCUAUGGGCCCUGCAGCCUUGUUCUGCGCGGCAAGUGUUUGUAAAUUUGACAUCGACACUCGUACUGAGGGCGGAUAUCCCUAUCUAACCUACGCCUCUGGGGAUAUCUUCGACAUCGUAGGCGAGAAGGGCGAACUCUGGCUUGCCCGCAAUCAGGACGAUGCCACCAGAACCGUUGGGUGGAUUUGGAACAAGCAUUUUGCCCGACUCAGCAGCUGA